AUCUAGACUCACUCUCUGAAAUAGCUUUCUGGCCAUUGUGGAAGCACUCGCGAUGAAAUCAAUAGUCUAUACCAUAGCCUUUCUUUCUGCCUCGGCCCAAUGCUACAAGCUGACCUUCUACGACUCCGGUAAUGGAAAAUGCGACGGCAGGAGCAUAUCAUCAUGGGAUGGAGGUCCUGAAAAGCACUGUAACAUAGCGUAUUCUGGUCCUGCGCAGGAUGUGUUAAUCGAGCGCACUGAUUCCGGAGAUGAUGACAACAAGGUCCAAUUCUUCGACAACGACAACUGCUUCAACAAUGCUGUUAUUGCUGAAGCGGAAGCGGGAGCUUCUGCUCACUGCGUGACGAUUCAUUCAUCCAAUAUCCAAAAUCCAUCUUUCCGUAUCGUCGAUAAGAGUGACAAUACUGCAAGCUUGAAAGGAGAGAAACAAUUAGAAAGGGACGUUGACGAAUGCGACGCCAUCACUCUUUCUAAUUCCAUGCACAAUUCCAUGCGCGACGAUGGUUCAAUCCGUCAUGGUGAUAUAUGGGAGUUCAAGGGACAGGUGUACCGAUACCACCAGCUAGCCAAGGGCGCCUGGACAAGUGUUCCAAUUGAAGAGUGGGAUGACAAUAUCCAUAUCGCGAAUGAUACUGAACUGGAUUUCUCGGAGAAUGGAGAGCUAUGAGGCCGGUCCUGUUGGAAAUGGACACGUAACACCAAGUCACAUUCGAAUCCGCUUUUAAAACGCAGAUAUACAUUUUCAGUUUCAAUUUCAAUACCAGCAAAAGCAAGAGCAAUAGUUAUACUGACACUGUCUCGUAGAUGGACCGUGUGGAUAUAUUCCGGCUUCCCCCCGACAGUAGUCCGCUGGAUGACACUGUUGAUCUUCCAGGCCCCUUUUGGCUACCCCUAUUCGGAGUCUAAUUGGAAGGAGGACUGAGAAUGAUCGUCCAGGGAUAUUAGUUAGUCAAUAUAUCAUGCACCGAACACUUCUAGUUGGACCGGCAGAUGUUAAGUAGAUAGCUAGUUGUGUUGGUAUAUAUUUCCCCACCACUAGUGCAUUUAGCAUCGGGGAAACGGAGACGUUGGCG